CAGGAACUCCACAGCGCUGUGUGAAUGAGGAGUUCAGCGGCGGCGCCUCUCGAGAGCCGGGAAAAUGGUCCCCUAAACCCCCUUAAUGAUUAUUCCGGCGUGUUUACGGUUUACGGAGGUUUCGGGUUGAGAUGUCCUCGAACGGCGUGUUUUAUGGCCUGGUUUUCGUGUGUUCGACAGUUUUCUACCAGCUGGUCCUGACGGAGAAACCCGAUGAUGGUUGUGGUGAGUCUACCUUGGGUCCAGACAGUGGUCAUCUAUCCUUUAAGAAGUAUCCAGGUGUUUACCCAAACAACUCGUGGUGUCAGUGGAAGAUACUCGUCAGCAGCAGCCUCAGAAUAGUCCUCAAAUUUGAAGAUCUUUCUAUUGAUGGAUGGGACUGUAAGACAGACAACUUAAAGAUUCAUGGGACAAAGCAUGUAGUGUACUGGCAGUAUUGUGGGCGCCAGAAAGCCAAUCCCACGCUGUACCUCGGUGUCAACCAGUCUCUUUACAUUGAUUCAAGUGAAGUCACUGUGAGCUUUCGCUCCAGCAUCCAUUCCUCAGGCAGGGGGUUCCAGCUGUCCUACUCCACAGUGGACCACAGAGAAAUGGUCACAUGCUCUGACAAAGGCAGCUCUUUCUCCCAUUCAAAAUACAGGAAGUACUGUCCGGCCGGAUGCGGAGCGGCGCAGGGCGACGUGGUCGGGGACGUUUCUCAGGGAUACAGCCAUACGUCCAAUUUAUGUAAAGCUGCAGUCCAUGCUGGAGUCAUCUUGAACCAGUUCGGAGGACCAAUCACAGUGGAAAAUCACAGUGGACCGAUACACUACGAGGCUGUCCAAGCUAAUGGGAUCCUAUCACAAAGUGACUCUUUGUCAGACUCAUUCCUCACGUUUGUCACAAAUGACUGUAACAGACAGACCAUUCUUCAGCCACUUUCCACCUCCCUCUCGUGGGAGAAGAACAGUUUGGAGGGAACUCCGGUUGACCGGUCCCCCAAAGACACCAAAACUGUCACCCCUACAGGCAUGUGGAGCGCUGACUGCAAACAGUGGCUGCAACUUGACCUGGGAGAGAAGAAGAGAAUUACAGGAAUUUUAACUAAAGGUUCAACAACAUCUGACUACUUUGUGAAAAGCUACAAAAUUCUGUAUAAGGAGAAAAGUCGCUGGAGGAAUUACACUCACUAUAACAGUUCUGAAGACACAAUAUUUGAAGGCAACGUGGAUAAUCUCAACCAGACUCGCUACACCUUCCAUCCAGCCAUUACAGCCCGCUACCUUUGCGUCGUUCCACUGCAGUGGCAUCGAGGGACCGGCCUCACUGUGGAACUGCUGGGAUGUGAUGUCAGAACCACCCCAGUGAGUUCAUCUUCUCAGGUCACACUGGAGGCCUUUCCAGGAGAGGAAACGGACAUCACUGAGCCUGUGCCUUCUCAGUCUGAACUAGUUCAACUGGCCAUUAUUUUGGUGCCCACUAUACUGGCUGUGGCUCUGCUGCUACUGGCUAUCUGCCUCUGCAGGGCGCUUCACAAAAAGAAAACCAAAGAGAACACCUACGACUCUGCAGAUCCACCACAUGCAGGUUGCUGGAAGCAAGUAAAACAUCCAUCUGCCAGGCAGCAGUCCACUGAGUUCACCUUCAGCUACAGCUCAGAGAAAGACCACCUCCCAAAAAUUGACCUCGUCACCAGCGACAUGGCAGAUUACCAGCAGCCACUCAUGCUGGGAGUGGGCACGGUCUCCAGGAAGGGCUCCACUUUCAGACCAAUGGACACAGACACCAAGGACGAGGUCAACGAGACCGCCACUCAUUACGACUACCUGCACACAGCCAAUCAAUAUGCCCUACCACUGACCAAUCAGGAGCCUGAGUACGCCACACCCAUCAUAGAGCGACAUGCCUUUCGUAAGGAUGGUUUUCUCCCUGAUCCCAGCUACAGUGUACCAGGAGUGGUCCUCAGCAAAAGCCCCUCAUUUAAAACCAAGGACAGUAGUAACUACAGAAAGGUGGUAGGGGGCAUUUCUGGAGGCUAUCAAACACCCCAGGUCAAACUGGACAGAGCGAACCAUUCAGAGGGGGUGUACGACAGCCCUAAGGUCAGGAAGCCUUUGGGGGUCCAGAACGGAGUUUGUUCAGAAUAUCAGAGACCCCAGAAGAAGACCACCGCUCAGGAGAGCUACUCCACCCCACGAGACUGCGUCCGACUGGACACUACUGCCCCCUGCAGGCCGGACCCAGAGGGCAGCAGUCUGAGCGGACCCUGAGCGGACUACAACGCACUGUGAUGUUUACCUGUUCCAUGUGAACUCUGAUAACUUAUUUCUACAACUGAUUACAGCACGUUUCCUGUUUAUCUGUAUAUAUGCAGCAGGAUGGAGUAAGCUGUCUCAGUGACCGUGAAAGUGUGCACAAUAGUGGCAUAUCAUGCAGUGUUCUGUUAAUUUUGUUGUUCUGUUAAUUGUGAUGUGUAAACAGAUUUGUUGUGUUAUUGAGGUUUCUUUUUCUUUUAAAUGGGCUGGGUUUGCUUAAUGUGAUGCCUUGCCAGGUGCAGAGAAGGAUUUUUGUUUUAAUAAUGAACAGAAUACAGAAUAAUGAGCAGAGUAUUUGGCAGAAAUUCUAGCCUUGCGGUUUCUGAUGGCUUUUAUGCAUCUAUAAUGUGAUCCAUCUUCUCUGUUGUCUGAGCUGCUGUUGUGCAUUAAUAUGCUGAAUUUAGGACCAUCAGAAGUAGGGCUGGGUGUUUAAAGUCUAUAUUUUUUAUAAAAACCGUCUGAACUGCUUUAAUAAUACAAAGUAUCAGAACGUUCUGUACAUUUUAAAUAGUCUGUUUUUUUUUUGUUUUUUUUACUGAUUUUAAUAAUCAGUCUUAGCACCAUCUGUGAGACUAUAAGCAUGCUUAUUCCAAAAUUAAGACUGCUGAUUGGAUGUUUUAAUGACAUUCUAAAGCAUGUUUAUAGCAGUUCAGAAAUAUCCCCAACUCCAGUACCUGGUUUUUCAGUUUCCCCUUUUUUAUACCCAAUCAUAGUUAGUCAAUCCAAUCAAAGUCCUUUCAACAGGAACAUCUCUUGCCUCACUUUCUAUUUGUCAGACUCUAUUUGUCAGUUGUCAGUUGUGCACUUAAAUCAUCAGGCUAAUUUCUCCAGAUAACUACCAUGUCAUAUUUGGGUGCCUCACAGGAACUUGGCUAUAGUGAAUUGAUCUGAUUAUCCAGUGCUCCUAGAGAAGAUCUGCUUCAGACUGCAGUCUUAAAAAUAAGGUUUCUAAAUAUUUCUGGUUUAGUUGUCAAUCUGAGCUUUUCUAUUUAUAUAGAAUGUUUACAUUAUGCCUAGGGUUUUGAACUUGAUAAAAAAUUAGAUUGUUAGUUCUCAUAAUCUUAUAUUUUUUGCAAAAAAAAAUUUAAACCACAAAGCAAGCAUUUUGGUUUAACCUGUUAAGGAAUUACUUACCUUACAGGAAUCAGGUAUACUUGCAGGAGUAUACCUACGAGUCUUAAGAUAUAGAUAAUUCUGUAUAAUUUUUAUAAAAUUGUGCUGUAUGAUCAUCACAUAUUGUAAAGCGGUCAAGGAGACAAUAUUUGCACCAUUUUAUGUGAAUGCGCAAAUUGUAAAGAAAAAAAAAAGUAGCACCUAAAAAAAAUGGUGCAGUGAGUCUAAGCUGUGUCUGAUUGGUGGGAGUCUUCAUCACCAGCUGGUAGCAGGUUUCAGCUCAUUGGAAUAUGACUGUUUCUAAAUGAGGCCUUAAUCAUUCAGUCGGGAUCUGUGGGCUUACAGAUUAUGGUUCAUGCUGAAGCUCAGUGAGCACACUAUUGCUAUGUUCUGUCAUCUUCACCUUUUGUGAGCUGUAUCUCCCCGUACUUGAAAUUGGUUGAAUUGGUUUGUAGAAGAGUGUGGUUUAGAUGCUGGUGGAGUUGUCAUUGCCUCCCUGCUUGAAUAUGACUGAAUUCAAUUGCAUGUCUGGCACAGCAGACUGGGCAGAACCCUGGGCAGAUACCCCUUGAAUUCAUUUUAUUUCUGUUUACAAAUAAGGAUUAAUCUACAGUUACAGUAGAUACAGGAAUCACCAGCACAAUCUGUUGUGCCCAUCCUGCUAUGUGACUUAUUUGUACACUCCCCGUCUGAUUUCAUUUCUUUCAGUUCUGAACAAACCGAAAAAGGUGUUUACACACAGCAAUCAGGUUUAGUUGAAUCAGAUCGAGAUCACCUCUUUUAGUUUAGCAUAUUUUGGUUAUUUGGUCUGGAUCAUGGUUCAUGGCUCCUUUCACACCUGCUAUUUUGGUUCAGACCAAACUGAGUAGUCUGAAGGUCUGGACCAAACAAGGCAGCUCUGAAAGCGUCCUUAACCUGUCCAAAACUGAGGCCACAGAAAUAUUUUACCUUUUAAAAGCAAAUUUAAUUGAGCAAAUUGAGUUAGUCUUUCUUACCUUCUUCCACAUCAACAUAGUUCCAGUUUUCUGAUUAAACAACGUUUUUCACACAUCAUUUAUCCCACUGUAAAUGGCUUUGUCCACAUUUUAACCUAAUAAAUAAGCAGAAGUGUUACAGUCAGGUCAGUUUCCCUUUUAAAAGGUUUAGUUCUGCUGUUCAGCUGCAGGUGAAAUUUAAUAGGGAUGUUAGUCAGCAGUACUGGGGUUUCCUCUUCUGUUUUUAUUUUGGUCCAUUAUGCUUUGAUCCCACUCCUCAUUUGACAUGUUCUUUUCAGAAAGACUUUUAGUAAUAUGUUUUAAAGACUGAGCCGUGUUGAGUGGUACUGCCUGAAUCUCUGUAUUUUGUCUGUGUACAUAGUUUUGUACAGUUUUGAAAUGUAUAUUGUGAAAUGUGUUAUUAUAUGUGGUUAUUUAAAGCACCUACAAGCUGGGUGCGGCUGCUGAAUAAAGACAGGUCAUGGGUCUUCAC